GUCGCCGGCAACAGAGUCAGCACAGUCUACCCGCGACCCUCACGACGACCGCAUGUGCCAACCGGUCGAAAAUCGACAAAUUCGAUGCAACGCUAAAGCUUCGCGAUAUAAACAGUGCUGUGCGGUUUGAUAAUAGGAUUUUAUUAGUGCUGCGCCUAUUUGGGCCAUCAGGUCUCUUUCAUUUACAAAGAGCCAGUAAUGUCCACAUAAAGCAUCGAAAACAGCACUAUGGCAAGCACCGGUGCAGUGUUACUGGAGGCUCGGCCCUUCCGGCCGUUCAAAUCCUCGGAGGAGUACCUGUACGCGAUGAAAGAGGAUCUCGCCGAGUGGCUGACGGUCCUAUACCCUGAGCUCAGGAUCAACGCCGAUAACUUCCUCGACAGACUUGACACGGGCGUGGCUUUGUGCAAGCAUGCCAACGCAGUCCGGGACUCAGCACGACAGAUCCUCGACUCUCCGAUUCCAGAAUCCGAUGACGCCCUCAAUCUGGCCAGGGAACUCUGGAAACGACAUCCAGUCAACAUGCUGUUAGCAGCCAAAGCGGGCACCUUCUUUGCCAGAGACAACGUCUCCAAUUUUAUAGACUGGUGCCGCAAAGCCCUUGGUAUUCUAGAAUGCCUUCUCUUUGAAACAGACGACCUUUGUCUUAGAAAGAAUGAAAAGCAUGUUGUUCUGUGCCUUCUGGAGGUUGCAAGAAAAGGAGCAGUUUUGGGCAUGCCCGCUCCACUACUAGUUCAGAUGGAGAAACAGAUUGAGAGAGAAUUGGCUGGAGAAGAGCCUAGACCUGACGAUUCGGCCUUGGGACUAGUUCCCUUGGGGCCUCAGCCGCAGCUGGUGACCAAUGACUUGAGGAGCUUAGACGAGAGAGUUAGAGAUUUGGUGGAGCGCUGCUCGUGCCCAAUUCAGUUUCCUAUGGUGAGAGUGUCUGAAGGAAAGUACAGGAUUGGAGAUACCAGACUGUUAAUCUUUGUCAGGAUUCUCCGUUCCCACGUAAUGGUUCGUGUUGGCGGCGGUUGGGACACACUGGCUCACUACUUGGACAAACACGAUCCUUGCCGCUGUCGCGCUCAACAUCGCACUUCGCUGUCUGCCCGCCUCGUUCGCCGCAGGCACGACUUGGCCGGCGCCACUGUCACUUAUGAACGCCCAGACCCUGGUCCAACCUCCCUUCCCUACACCAAAACUGAUAAAUACGAACCUAUGUCUUUGCAGUACCAUUCUAAGCCAAUCGAAGAACCGCGAAGUUCUUUCUACAACGAAGAGCCGCGCUCAAUGCAAUAUCAAUCUAAUCAAAGACUUAGCGAACAACCGACCAGCUUACCUUAUUUAGGGGAUUUGGACAGAUCUGCUUCACCGAGCAGGAAGCAUUUGGCUAACAGUCCAGGGAGGAAGUCCUCUUCCCCGGAUAGGAGGUCCAAGGUUGUGCCGUCAAACCAUCUAGUACCCACUCCCCAUUCUGUGAGAAAUAAAAGCCCUCGACCAGGAUCUCCUGCUCCUGCCGGUGAAAGUGCUUCGGAUAACGGUUCAGAGGUGUCUGAUGAGGGAUAUAGGAGCCUGGGUGUCGUUGCUGGAUCAGCGCAAGGGUCUCCAUCAAUCAAGACAAAUAACAGAUACUCCUUGCACAGUCAGAACUCUGUGGAGGACGCAGAAUUAAGUGAGCGUCUCGACCAGGACGAUGGCUGCCACAUGGACAGAAACGAACGAGUUGACGAUCACGUGAGUCUCAACACCGGCCUUCGCAAAACGGACUUCUCCGACACCUUCUACGGAAGCCGAAAGAUCAUUAAGGAAGGAGAAAAGUCAGCCAGAGGCAGCCCUGACCGAGUAAUUAGCACCGAAAACAAUGACUCUCCUAGUAAGAGCCUAAAACCGAACAAGGAGGCGACAGAAUCGCCAACUAAGACAGUGAGGAGUCGACAAGCCAGUCGCAUACCACAUUCGCCUGUCAGAAACAGGACUCCAAGUCGUGGAAGUACGCCGAGCCCUAAGCACACUCCCAACCCAGUUCAGACAUCACCUAAACUAACUCCAAGGCUUCCUCCUGCGGCCAGGAACACGUGGAGCGGCAGGACUGCUCCCAACCAAGCGAAGACUAAAGCCAGACCCACAAUCGGAGCUGAUACCUUCGAAAAUCCGAAUAAAUCUCCCAAAGCUAACCCUAAGACGUCUCCUCAAAACCAAGCUUUCCAGAGGAAUUCGCCUUUGAGAGCUAGUAGUGCCACUCUUAGGUCUCCUCCGAAUCAGAAACCUCUUAGUCCUUUAUUGGAACAUUUUCUCCGAUCAACAGAAACUGCGAAGGACGACGCUAGCAUAUUAAAAAAGAUGAAGGAAAUCAUCAAAUCUUAUUCAAAAGGAGAGGAGUCCUUAUCCAGGGCUAGCUCUAAAGAUUCUGACUAUGCAGAUUUCACGUCUGCAUGGGUGAUGUCCGAUGGAAAGUUAGAAAGAUCGACUAGUACGAGGCAGCUGGCUGCCCCGAGAAAAGAUCAAAGGAACGGGGCUUCGAGAAUACCAGCACCAGUCUCUAUUGGCUGCAGGAGAUCUACGUCCACUUCUCAGUUUCAAUGACAGGGUUCCUCUCAGGAUAGUGAGGAUUACAGUGACAAGUGACAGGCCCACAGUGAAGACUGGCUUCAUGGAGCAGACAAGAGACUUCGUUGAGGUUUGGAAGAUUACAUAACGGGUAUAUGUGGUUGUGUUGAUGGCCAAAAUCGUUGGAGACUGCAAUUCUAGAUAGGUUUUCACGUGAAGGUGUCACAGAACAAUGGAAAAGUGAUAGCAAAGUUCAGAGUAGUUUGGCAAUAAUUAGUUGGUACAGAAGUUUCCUGAAGGAAUAUAAAUUUUGAAGUAGCGUACUUCGAGUGGCAUUAUAAUAUUGAGAUUGUUUUAAAAAUAAAUGUUAAUCGACGACUCUUAGAUAGUAUAUCGCAUAUCGUUCUGAAAGUAGAUAUUCUAGCACUUUUUGGAAUUUUAAUCUUUGAUAAAUGACAAAUUAUACUACUAUAUAGAAUACCAUUUUAUU